CGAAAAACUUUCCCAUCGCUGUGGAACCACGGGAGUAGAGAAAUGCGCCUAGAGAAAUUUCCGCCCAUCUGAGGUCUCGAGGCUGUACGUCGAUUGCGAGGAGUAGGCUGUGAGCAAUUCGGUGUCGGAGCGCACGAAUAUACCAUGGCGGCUCUUAGAGAAGCCCCCAGAGCUGGCCGCCAGCUUCUUGGUACAGCCACCCGCUGGAUGCCUUGUACGGCUUCUUUUCAGAGAUGUGCAUCCACCGACGCUACGCCUGCAAUACCUGAUAUUCCUGAUAUUGAGCACGACUCUGGCCUAGCUGCACCGAUUGUCAAGAGAGAGGAUGUGAAGAUUACGGAUCCAAGGAAGAGGGCAAGUCGCAGAAACUAUGAGCUGCCACACGAGAGAUACCGAUAUCAUCCUCCCAAAUAUGACAGAGGACCUUUGCACCCAGUUCAACCCCCUCCAUCCUCCGAUCCCGUCGCUCGAAACUUCUCUCCCGGGCCGUUUAACCUUCCCCGAUUAAAGCAAACCUUCCACUCAACAAUCGCCGCCGACAUCAUGACUAUGAUGUACCAGCAUGUUCCUCCAGGAACACCAGAUAAGCCCGAAAGGAUACGACUUCGGGAAUGGGACGACUCAUCACCCUACAUGAUAAAUCGACCUAAGAGGGGGCCUAGGGGUGCCGAUGUUCUCUUCCCGCUAGAGAAGAAUAUUACUUGGCAGAACAUCCCUGAGAUUAGAGCUGUACAUUUAGCCAUGUAUUUGCCCAAGGCGAAGAAGAACCCGGAUCAUAUCACCGUAGGAAAGGCAGUGUUGCGAACUAUUACCGGUGUUCGUCCCGAGGUUACGACAACCAAGGCAAGCGUCUCCCAGUGGGGCAUCGUCAAGGGGGACAGAUCAGGAGUAAAAUGCUCGAUAUACGGAGAUCAGGCGUACGAGUUUGUGGAUAAGGUCAUCCAUCUAGUAUUCCCAAAGAUCAAGGAUUGGAGUGGCAUCCCAGGCACCAGCGGCGACAGCACCGGCAACAUCAACUGGGGUUUCACAGCUCAGGACAUGCUGCUAUUCCCGGAAGUCGAAGCCAAUUAUUCUCUAUAUCCAUCCAAGAUGAUAUCUGGGUGCCGCAUGACCCUUGAAACGACAGCAAAGUCUGACAGACAUGCCAGACUACUCUGCAUGAGCUUGGGCAUUCCGUUCUACGGGAAACUGGUAGACUAAGGGAUAGCAACUCGCAUUCCCUGAAAAUGUACAUAUUCGACGUCCUGCCGUAUUGGUAUUGGGACGGUACUGUGGAUUAAUACAGUUGUACCAUAUGCGGGAAUCACAAAUCAAAAACAUUUGGAAGAUA